UGUUGUUGUACUUUGUACUGCUGCUCUGUUGUUCAGUGUUCGGUUCCGGUUGUGAUUAAUCUGCUCGUUGUUCGGUUCGGUGAUCUAAAAAGUGCAAACCGAUAGGAUAGAAAUAUAAAUAAUUUAUAAUAAUUAUUGAUGAAUUACUACUGGGUAUCUAUUCAGCCUGUUCAAAAAAUGAAUUCUAUUUUCAUGCCAAAACACCAAAAACAUUUGCUACUGCUAUGAUGUGGAUUAAAAUAUAAUUGAAAAAAUAAUACUUAAAUAUCCGGCAGAUGGUAGGUAGUAUGCGGCCGAGUUCAUUGCAAGAAAAGAAAAGGAUAAAAGAAAGUAAAGGAACAAGAAAGUUUGGGAAAUCUGAAUCUGCUGAAUCUAGUGAAUCUUGACUUCCCAGAUCGGGGGAAAUCGAGAGCCUUCAAAUCACUUGUGGCGUUCGCAUCUUAUCCGUUUUCGUUUGUUUGUUGUGUUGUCCCAUUAAAGCUGGAGCCCUAAGAAAAAUUAAGAAAAGAAAGGAAAUAUAAAAUUAUCGAUUAAACAAUUUACUAUGUUAAUUUGUGCAAAAAGGAGAGGUUAAAACCAGAACGUUACACCUUGGUUCCUAUAAACAAAACUACCUUUGUCAGGUCAAACUUGAGGGUUGAUGUUGGUUGGUAAUGUCUAGUCCAGAAUGAUUUUCCAUUUUUCGAGUUCGCCACAACUAGGAAUAAUCAUAAUUAUGAAAUCCAUGGCUAAAAUGCUAAAGAAGGAAAUUUAAAAAUGAGUCAUACAAGUGAGUCAAACCAUUCAAAUCCUUUAUCUCAACCUCUGAGGGUAGAAACAGAAGACCCAGAUGUUCAUCCUGACAGCACUAAUUAUUAUGAAGACGAAAAGGAUAGCUUCAAUCAUGCUCAUGAAAGCCAUGAUAAUGAUUCUCUAGGACCUUUACCUCCAAAAUGGGAAAAAGCUUUUACUGAAAGUGGAGAGGUGUAUUUUAUUGAUCAUUCUACUGGAACCUCUCACUGGCUUGACCCAAGACUAUCCAAAUUCCAAAAGAAAACUCUAGAGGAUUGUUUGGAUGAUGAACUACCCUAUGGCUGGGAAAAAAUUAGUGAUCCACAUUAUGGUACCUAUUUUAUUGAUCAUGUGAAUAGGCGAACACAAUAUGAAAAUCCAGUUAUACAAGCAAAGAGAGCUGCAUCUCAAUCUUCAGCAAGAGUCGGGAGAACGUAUUUUACAAAAGAUCCUUCCGAAUUAUGUGGUCAAAGGUUAAGGACCUCUCUAGUGAAGUCAUCUAGGGGCUUGGGUUUUACUAUUGUUGGUGGAGAUGAUGCUGUAGAUGAAUUUUUGCAAAUUAAAUCGGUAGUGCCGAAAGGACCUGCAUGGUUGGAUGGACAACUUCAAACUGGCGAUGUUAUAGUAUUUGUAAAUAAAACAUGUGUAUUAGGUUAUACUCAUAAUCAAAUAGUUAGGCUGUUUCAAUCUAUAAGUGUAGGGUCUACAGUUCAACUUGAAGUGUGCAGAGGUUAUCCGUUGCCUUUUGAUCCAAAUGACCCAAAUACUGAAGUAGUGACUACUAUUGCUGUCGAUGCUCAUUUACAACCAGUAUCUAAUGAUAAGAGAUUACUGGAUACCAAUUAUAAUUUUCUAGAUGGAGAAGAUAGUAUUUCAAGAAGUGAAGAAAAUAUUGAUGCCCCUGAUGAAAUUGAUGACUUGUUGAAAGGAAUAAACACAAUGACUUUGGGAAAAGUUGAAGUGAGAGUCCUGAUUGUAAAAGGAAAUCUUGGUUUCGGAUUUACAAUAGCUGAUAGUGCAUGUGGACAAAGAGUGAAAAAGAUUUUAGAUCGCCAAAGAUGUAAAAAUCUUAUGGAAGGUGAUAUAUUAUUAGAGAUAAAUGAUAUUUUAUUGCAAAGCAUGUCACAUGAUGAUGUUGUUCAAGUACUAAAAAAUUGCCCUUAUAAUAGUGAAGCGACAAUUUGUGUUCAAAGAGGAUGCCCUAAUAAAACAUCGAAUAUUAGAAAUAAACCUAGAAAAUUAGAUACUAAAUUUACACCCAAAGAUGUAGCCAAUGUUUAUAGAAGUAAAACACCCACUGCAGAUAUUUACAGCACACAACAAAGAGAAGUACUUCCUAGUAGACCCAAAACGCCUCUAGUAGACACUAGAAGCCUUAGUAAAACUCCAGUUAAAGACGUCAAUUCUAAUUCCAACGAAAUUCUGCAUCGAGAGUUCUCGAACGAAGGUUUUGCUCCUGACAGAUCGAGAUUAAGAUCAUCAAUUAUUGAUAACCAUGAGGAAGACGAUUUAGAUAUAGAUAUACCAGAAGAUAAUCAAAGCAAACCAUCUUACGAAUAUCCCCCUCCAGUGGAUCCCAAAUUCAAUCUCUACCUGCCUCCCCCUCAUCGAUAUGAUUGUGCCUGUGCUUUUUGCUCGAGUCCUAGACCUCAUCUAAUGGAUACUAACAAUUUUGAUAAUCCCAGUAAUGGCAAAAAGUUCAAUAAUCACUGGUGGUAUCAACAAAACAGCCGCAAUGAUUAUGUCACAAUGCAUGUUAUCUUAAACCGAUUAGAAACUGGAUUUGGCUUUAGGAUUGUUGGGGGAAUUGAAGAUAAAUCACAAGUCGCUGUUGGUCAAAUAGUUCCUGGAGGUGCAGCUGAUUUGGACGGUCGUAUGCAAACUGGAGAUGAAAUAGUUAGCGUAGAAGGAUUCUCAGUUUUAAAAGCUGAACACCGACAAGUUGUCCAAUUAAUAAAUGCAGCAGCCGCUAGAGGUCAAGUAAGCCUUAUUCUAAGACGUAGAACUUUUUCACCACCAGCGGCACAAGGUUCAAUGAAUUACCCUUCAGUUGGUUGGCCUAUGGAAAAUACGUCGCCCUCUAUACCUACGAACCAUGCUGUCCCUUUAAUGCUAGCUAAUCCUCAUUCUGGGCCUACAUACGAUGUGACAGUACAAAGAACUGAGAGUGAAGGUUUUGGAUUUGUUAUUAUAUCAUCUGUUAAUAAAAUUGGAUCUACUAUAGGUCGUCUAAUUGAAGAUAGUCCUGCAGAACGGUGUGGAAGACUUCGCGUUGGUGACUAUAUUGUCGCAGUCAAUCAUAUAGACAUAAUGCAUUUAAGUCAUGGGGAUAUUGUAAAUUUGAUUAAAGAAUCGGGUCUUUCUGUAACGUUAACGAUUGCGCCUAAUUCAGAUUUGUGAUCUUUCAAGGCACAAAUAUAUAGCUAUAACCUAAUAAUAUAAUUUUAUAAUAAUAAGAUGUAAAUAAAUCAUUAAAAGCUCUUAAAAGUUAGUUAGUACGUAAUGAGAAUGAGUUAAGUUUGAAAAAUCUUGAUGUCUAAUUAUUAAUUGUUGCUACUUAAAUGCCAAAUUGUUGAUCAAAAAAUUGUUUGUGAUAAUAGAGAUGUAUAAAUUUCAAGUAGAUGAUUUUUUAAAGUUUUAUUAUCUAUAUAUUGAUUAUUGAUUGUGCUCACUCUGAAAUCUUUUUAUGGAUGUACGUAUAUGUUCUGUUGGGUAAAAGAAAUGAACAUACAAUUAUUGCUUUUGAAUAUAUUUAUUUAGAACAUUUAUAGCAAAAGGCCUUAACACAAAAAAAAAAUUAUAUGCAUAUGACAAUAAUUUUUCAAAAUAAAUUAUUAGAAGAAUGUAAUAUGUUUGAAAUUAACAAAAAUAUGUUUCGUUAAGUCUGGAUUAUUAAUUAUUUUAUUCUAUAAUUACAAUUAAUUAUUGAAACCAAUAGGUACAUCUCUAUGUGAUAGAUCAGUAUAUCACUGCCGAAAAUAGAUCAUAAGAAUGUUUAAAGUUUAUUUGUUUCUCUGUACUAAUCAAUGGAAAAUAUUUAUGUAAUUAAAUAUACUGUGAUUGUUAAAUUGUUAUUAAUUUAGAUCACAAUACUAAGUUGAACUAAAAUCUAUUUUAAAGAAUCUCAUUGUGUAUUAAUAUUUUAUUAUUGUAGCUUGUUUGUAAUUGGGUUAUUUGCUUAUUACAUAUACAUGGAUUUUAUUAAGACUUGUGAGUAUGUACUAUUUGUACAUAUUUAUAAAUUAUUUGACUGAAGUGUUUUAAAUAUUUUUUAGUAGGUGUUUAUUUGUUGUAUGACUGAAACUAAUUAAAAAUCAAAUUUGUCUCUCAGAUAUACUUAGUCUUAAUCUUAUUUUCUCAUUGUUUAAUAUUUAUCUGUAUUUUGCCCUAUUUAUAUUUUAUAAUAAACAUUUAAAGCCCCUAUUAAUAUAAAUGGGUAUGUAUGUAUAUUCAGCAAUAAAUAGGCAUUAUUAUAUAGGUACUUGAAUUAAUGUUUGUGAUGAUAUUUAGAUUUUGCAUCGAAUAGAUUUUCAGGUUUUAUUAGUGCUUUUAUUGGGGACAGUCGAGGGGACAGUUUAUUUACUCACCAGCCUUUGAGAACAGGAAGUUCAAAGUUUUUGCAUAUUAAAUACUUUGUAUGUUGUUAGCACAUGUAUUUUGAAUAAUUAUAAUUUAAUGUAGGUUUUACAAAAUUUACGGGCUUCCUUCUUAUAUAUUAUACAUUAUUAUAUUAUCUGUUAUUUAUACAUAUAUCAAGUCACAUGUUAUAUAAAUGACUGCAAAAAUAUGUGUUGAUACAUAAUUUUGUAUUGUAUUUAUACUUUACAUAUAGAUACUUAACAUUUGCGUCCAAUGAUUCCAUUUUAAGACUUACCAUCCCCAAUUAUCUUCAGAUUAAGGAGGAUCUGGGAAAAUUGCCGAAACUCGUUUAGCAAAAAACCAAAAAUUUCUGGGAGUAAAUCUGAAAAAUUGAAAAAGUUUGCCACACAUAAAUUCGAGAAUUGAAAUGUAGGAAAUAAAAAUCCCUUCAUAACAGAUCAUUAAUCCUUUAUUCGAGAUUUCUGACAAGGUGAUUCUUGAGAAAGAGUGACUCACUUAUUCUGUAAGAAUAUUGCGAUUUAGUCAAUUUUUUCAUGUAAAGGGUUUACAAUAUACUGAAUUUCCUUGUCAUAACCCACAAAAGUUCCAACUUAUCUGAUUGUUUGAAGUAGAAAACAAGUUCUUUCUGUAGAUCUUCUUUUUCCUUAAUAUAUUAUUGGACAGGAAAGAAGCUGUAACGAAAGCUCAAGUUGUUAUUGUUUUACUGUUUCAAACUGUUUGAAAAACUAAUGCAUGAAGAUGCUUGGUACUUUUGUAUAAUUCAGAUGACGGUGCUAGGUUUUAAAAUGAACAUCGAUUAUAAACUUCAGAAACAUGGAAUAUACUGAUUAUUUUGUUGCAUCGAAGUAAAAACAUGUUUUUAUAAUAUUAUAUUCUCAGUUACUAAUCAUCUUUCUGGGAGUUGUUUUUAUAGUCGAUUUUUGAAAUUCGAAAUUCAUAGGUACAUAUCAUUUAAUUUAAGAUAAUACUAUAAUGACCAACUUAUAAUGUAAACUAGACAAAUUAUUUAGGAAUAUUAUGUAAAUUAUUUUGGUUGCUUCCACAUGCACAGUAUGUUUUAAGGAUAUUUCUUUAAAAUAACUACAUUUCUUGUUUAUACAUAGAUAUUUAUUUGGUUGUUCGUGUUAACAUAGGUCUGCUCUGGAGUAUGAUGGUUCUAUUUGGAACGAAUCUGAUCAGUCAGCUUCAAUCAGAUCCUUGCAUACAUUUUCCUAUUUCUCUAAGGGCCAGUUCAUUCGCCUUCUGAUAAAUUGUCAGGUAUGCAAUCUGACGGAUAAAAACGCAAUCUGUAAUCUCAUUGUUCGGCCAGUUGUCCGUCAACUGAUAGAAUUACAGAACGCUAAAUUUAUCUUGCAGAUAGUUACCAGUAAGUUUAUCUGAAGAUAAAUAAACCGGGCCUAAGUAAAGUAAGAAGCUCUACAUAAUUAAUUACUAGCGAAAUUCAUCCACAUAUUAUCAAAUUGACUGUUAUCUGCCAAUUAGAUAUAAACAUUUUCGCAGCAAAUCAACAACACGAUUUUUGUAAUUUUUUCUCCCUAAACUAGUCUGCAGCAAAAAAUGGUUGGAAAAAUUUCUCAGGACAGACAGUUUUUAGUUGAAUUGGGAUGGAAGAUAAAACUAUUGAGUUACCUGGAAAACCAAGCGUUUCUGAAAUGAAUGGUUUAGUGCAAAAAAAUCUAAGAAUAAAUAUUUUAACCGCAUCUUGGCUACGAUGAACCGUUUUCGAGUUGGGGUGGUUUAAAGUGACGAACGCCUAGGGGGUGACGUCACACCGGCUUCGGAGGCACAGUUAAAUACGCGUAAAAUUCUCCAAAACAAAAGUCAACGAUCUCACCUAGAGCGAAUUGCAACCACUUGAAGUAUAGGGCACGGUUCACUGACGACUUAACAAACAGACGGCUGCGAGUUCGACGGUUAGCCGGUGUGACGUCACAAGUUGCAAAAUUUAUCUUCAGAAAGGAUUAUCUCGGAAACUAUUUUGGAUAUAGGACUGCGGUUUUCACGAGAGAUCUUAGAUUUUUUUUCUUGAUUUAAGUAGUUUAAGUUGUUUUUUUGGGUUACGACUCUUUUAAGAAAGUUGGUUUGUUGCCCUGAUGUGCUGAAAAUAUUGUUAGAUAAUAUAAUCGGCAGUAACGAUUGAUUUUCAAAACGUAAUAAUCGAAAGCUUAAUCACUACUAAUUACUUUUUUAUAUUCUUUGUUUAUUUUGAAUAGGUUUUAAUUAGGCUCCUCUAUAAUCUCUAUGAAAAUAAUCCCAUAGUUUUUCCAGCCUUUUUGUGUUGCACAGGAAACUAGAACAACGUAAUAAUACAAAACGUACCUAUACAGUUUAUUGAAAAUAAGCUCUAGGAUCAGAAUUCUUUCCUCGCUUGGCCAGAGAGGAAGGCAAUCUGACUCGAUUGAGCUGGCUUUUUUUUGUUAAUGUUAAAAAAACGAAAAAUCAGUGAGGGCUCUUAUAGUAAAAAUUUGGAAUUGUUUGAAUGAAAAUGUCAUGGUAGCAUCCCGG